ACGCGGGCGAGAAGCCGUCCCAGUCCUGCUCCACGGAAUCGGACGACGACAAGAACAAGAAGAAGCGGCAGCGGCGCCAAAGGACGCACUUCACGUCGCAGCAACUGCAGGAGCUCGAGGCCACCUUCGCCAGGAACAGAUACCCAGACCUAAGUGCCAGGGAAGAAAUAGCACUUUGGCUCAACUUGAAAGAAGCACAAGUCAGGAUCUGGUUCAAGAACCGCCGCGCCAAGUGGAGGAAGCGCGAGCGCCACGCCAUGGCCACGGCGAUGCCCGGCGACCUGAAGGGCGGCUGGGGCGCGCAGCUCAACGGCCUGGCGUGGCCCGACGAAGGCCUCUACUCCGGCUACUCCUCCUACAACAACUGGGCGAAGGUGACGCCGCCGCCGCUGGGCGCCAAGAGCUUCGCGUGGGGCUUCAACGGCGUCAACAUGAACCCGCUGAUGAGCCAGCAGCCGUCGGCCAUGUCGCCCAUCAACUGCUUCCAGACGCCCACGCAGGGCAUGGGCGGCUCGGCCAACCUCAUGCCCACCUCCAUGUCGUCGUCGCUGGGCUCGAGCGCCGCCCCGUGCCCGUACCCGGCGCCCACCCCGCCCUACGUGUACCGCGACCAGACGUCCUCCAUGUCCUCCUCCAUCGCCUCGCUGCGCCUCAAGGCCAAGUCGCACUCGCCCGCCUUCUCCUACUCCAGCGGCGGCGCGGACACGCGCUCCCCGCCCGUGCCCGACAACAACGCCUUCUUCGCUGCCGCGGCGGCGCCCAGUGACAAGUUCUCCUGCAUGAACACCGUCAUCGCGUAACGCCCGCGGCGCCCUCACGCCCACACAAUACCAAUACCACGCCCUCAGCCACCUUGAGCUGGCUGUGGCUGUGUGGGGAACCGCGGCCCUCGGCGACGCACUUCGGCGGACGGCAGGCGCCGGCCCGUCGCCGCCGCCGCUUUGCGCCAGCGCCGGAAGGUCCGGGAGAGGGACCUGAAGAAGGCCGCGCAGUCGCCGUCAGGAGCCGGAUCGCAAGCCGAGGCCCCUGCUGCAGGUCGCGGUCAGCUCACGGGUAUCCUAUGGACAGGACUUGUAUCGUUGAACAAAAGAUAGACGAAAGUACCGAGCACGGGCGAGAGAGACUGAACCCGCCUCCCGCCCGCCGCUCCUCUCCAGUUCUGCAAAACCGACCUCGUACAGUGAUUGUUGUGCAAUAUUUGCUUAUCGCCUCUUUUAUGUUAAUUUUGCCUUCCUGAUUCUCCCCACGGUCGGUUGGGAGAGACGAAAGAGCUGAUACAAAUAUGUCCUUUAUUUUUCUUCUCUGAUUCUUCGUGACGUAACGGUGGGAAUAUAUUCUCACCUGACGGUUAUCAUUGUUUAAUAUAAACGAUUUGUGUAUUCGAUAAGUUGACGUGUAUUUAUUGUUUGUAUUUGAUUGACAGAUGCUACGUUUUAUUUUGUAAAUAUCGUUAAUGCAGUGCAUCUCGACUGUCUCCAAUAAAAUGAGAAAUUACA